AUGGCCUCCGCCAGCACCAAGAUGGCCUUCUGGGAGGCCAAGUCGAUGCUUGCUAGCGGGUCGGCUCCGCUGAGCAUAAUUGAAGACUGGUUCUUGGGAGCUUCAGGAGAUCCGCUCGCUGUUCCAUUUGCUCUCCUCUUGGAGCGGUUUUCGGACAGUAACGCGGACGAUCCUCUGGCACUUCAGGGCAAGAAACUUCAACUUUCUCAUGCAGCUCCAGUGGAGGUGCCCCAGGCAGACGUGGAUCCAAGCCAGGAUGUCGGGCUUCUUAGCCCCCAGCAGAUCAAGAGCGCCUACGAUCUUUUCAGCCACUGUCUCUCAGCAGACAGCUUCAGCAUCAGCCAUGCUGAAGCAGAGCGAGUACUUGGGACGCAGCUUGACCAAGAGUUCUGGAGCCGAAAGCUUUCCCGAGCCUUGGAGGAAACUGCCACGGCGCAGAGCUCUGUGAAUCUGAUUGGCUUCUUCAAGAAGCUUGCCGGCAGCUCCAUGCGUCAUUUUCGCAUAUAUCAGGGCUGGCUGAAGGAAUUGGACCAUGUGGCGAGUUUGAAGGGUGAACUUGCUGAAAGCCGCAAACUUCUCAAGCAGUUUGAGGCCUACAUCUCUCGGCCCAUCUUACCAGCUGCUGCUCGGAAGGAACUUCUGCAGGAGUACGACAGCCUCAACACAGGUGAGAUGGCAACCUCUUCCUUCAUGAAGUCCCGGCUGGCCCACGCGGGCCGGAUGAGUGCCCGAGACAACCCAGGUGCAGAUGACUUCGUUGCUGCCGUGUGUCCCAGUGACUAUCGCCCCAAGCAAGGCAACUCGGAGGUGGAUCGUGUCCUUCACGACUUCCUGACCAUGCAAGUAGCAAGACAGGAGCAGCUCCUGGCACAAAAGGAAGCCCCGUUUGCAAAAGAGCGCAGCAGAGAGAAAAAGAUCCUCCUGAAGUUGCAGGUGAGGGUGUCUGACAGCUGCUGGAACGCAUGGAACCAUGUUUUUGACCUGCUUGACAUUGACGGCACAUGGAGUCUCAGCUUACCGAAGCUUGUAAGCCUCCAUCUCAUCCCCGUCGAGGUCUGUGACUACAUGUGCAAGCAGAUCGGCGGCACCAACUUGGGGGGGUUGCGGGAUGGCUUUUCAAAGGAGGAGUUCCUCUACAAGAUGAUUGACAUCAGCAACUGCCGGCUUCGCAAGGAGACUCUUCGACAGUGUCGACUAUGCAGCCGCUGA